AUGCCUUGCAUUUUCUGCGACCCGCUGCCAAUUCCACUCCCUCCAGAGAGCGACGGUGAUGGCGACGGCGACGCGGAGGCGAUCGACGGCGCGCAAGUUUCGAAGAGCACAGCCUGGAGCGCGGCGGCCUUUCUCGCGCAACUCCGCCAAGGCGUUGUGCGCUGCCUCCCUCCGGCUAAAUCUACCUGCCAUGUCGCGUGCGGCGGCGCAGACGACGGCGCGCCGGCCGACGAGAGCGGCGAGGCCCCCGCGGCGGUCUGCGCUGCGGCUGCGGCGGGGGACGAUGCUGCGGUCAGGGAGUGGCUCGACUCUGGCGGGCGGGUCGAGGCGGUGGUGAAGUGGGACGGGCCGAGUGGCGGCGCAGUGCGGCUCAAGGAGGCGAGGCGAGGCAAGGGAGGCGCAUGGGGCGGCACGUGGGGCGGCAAGGGCGGCGAGUCGCCGGCGGAGCGGCGGGCGAUGAAGGCUCUGCUGGGGCGGGACCCGAGGCGCGACGAGAGGGAGGAGCAGUCGCGGCGAGAGUGGCUGGAGUACUACCUGCAGUGCGGGCAGCUCGACGAGGCCCACGAGCUGACCGUGACAGGCGAGGAGGAGGAGCGUGUGGCGGAGGCGAGGAGGCAGUUGCCAGGCGAGGCGGAGGUGAGGCUGCGCGGCGAUGCGCUGCUGGCGGAGCUCGAGGCGGAGGCGGAGGCGAGGGCGAGGGCUGCGGGGACCGGCGCGGGCGGGAGGGGGAGGGGGAAGAAGAAGAGGAAGGGGGGCGGGCAGGCGGGCGGGCAGGUGGCAUCGCAGCGCGAGGAGAGGGCGGAGGCGGCGGGCGCGGAGGCGGCGGCGGAGGAGGAGAUGGGGGAGGCGACGGCGGCGGCGACUGCGGCGGCGGCGGCGGCGGCGGCGGCGGCGGCGGCGGCGGCGGCGAGGCUGGAGGAGGAGGAGAGGGAGGAGGAGGAGAAGAGGCUGGAGCUCGAGGCGAGGCGGGGUGCGGCGGAGGCGGCUCGGGCGGCGCAGGCGGCGGAGGCGGCGGAGGCGGCGGAGGCGGC